AUGACUACAACACCUUCAACCGUGCAUUCCAGCUUACAGCGCUACUUACCUGGUCACCUUUCAAAGCGAGAUAGACGAAUAUGUACAGGUGAAACGAAUCGUAAAAACUUUGAAACUACUCAUUUAUCCGUGUUGCAGAAAGAGGUGGCUCAUAAACUGACACUUCCAAGUCGAUUAAACCGGUUAAUGGUUUCAUCACAAACAGUAACACGUGCUACUCUCGAUGAAAAAAGGAUUAGCUUUCAGAGUUUAGGUGGUGAUACUGCUAAUACUUCGGAAAGCGGUAGCACAGAACGCAUUAGAAAAGGAAUUGGAACUAAAAGUGGAGAAAAGGAAAAUCGUUUACGAUGCGAUGCAGUAACUGUAGAUUCAUUAAUAGCAUCUAACAAAACAGGAAAGGAACAUGGUUUUGUCGCAGAAGCAUUCUACUUUGGAAAUGAAUGUGUAGGGGGAGCUGGACAAUUAGAAUACAACGAGCCCAGAGAUCCGGAAUGCCAUAAUCCUGCGGUCAGCGCCUGGAAAACAAGAGAACAUUUUGACCGAUCGGUCUGGUUAUCGCGAACACUAGGCCUCUCCGACCCUGCACAAAAUGUACAUAAAUCCACAAACUCACUUGCUCCUCUACGAUCACCAGUACAAAAGACUUCACACAAUGAAGAUUCAGGUAAAUCAAUCGCAACAAAUAAGGAGAACACAAUAACGGGAAAGAGUUCUUUACCUUCUAAUGAGGUAAAAACAACACUAUCAGAUUGGACAAGAAACUAUACACCUCCAAACCUCUACGAUGUCCCACCGCCCAAAUUACGUUUUGAACUUACAGAUUAUCAUUCCACGUUUAAUGUUGUACAGGCCGAUCCCAAAACUACAAUGUAUGUUGAAGAAAAAGAUAGAUUUCAAUCAGUACAACAUGUACCUCUCCCAACACCAACAACAAUACAAAAAACAGAAAGACGACGUUGUAUGCACAACAAAACAUGA